AUGGAGGAAGGGUUCGAAAAAGGAGGAGGAGUAGGAGAUGAAGUCACAAUGAAGGAUGCGGGCGGCGGGGAGGGAAGAGAUGGCAGAGGUGCAAGUGGCAGUGGGGGUAGCGGGCACGGCAGGGUUGGUGGCGGCGCGUCAGGUGAGGCAGUGCAGGGCGCAGGUGAGGCAGUGCAGGGCGCAGGUGAGGCAGUGCAGGGCGCAGGCGAGGCAGUGCAGGGCGCAGGUGAGGCAGCGCAGGGCGCAGGUGAGGCAGUGCAGGGCGCAGGUGAGGCAGUGCAGGGCGCAGGUGAGGCAGUGCAGGGCGCAGGCGAGGCAGCGCAGGGCGCAGGUGAGGCAGUGCAGGGCGCAGGUGAGGCAGCGCAGGGCGCAGGUGAGGCAGUGCAGGGCGCAGGUGAGGCAGCGCAGGGCGCAGGUGAGGCAGUGCAGGGCGCAGGUGAGGCAGUGCAGGGCGCAGGUGGGGCAGUGCAGGGCGCAGGUGGCGAGUGGAUGGCAGCACGGUCGGGCAGACGUGUUGAGGGGAGGGGCGUGCAGGAGAUGGCGGACGUGGCGCGGGAGGGAGAGCGGGAGAGGGAGAGGGAGAGGGAGAGGGAGAGGGGGAGGGAGAGGGAGAGGGGGAGGGAGAGGGAGAGGGGGAGGGAGAGGGAGAGGGAGAGGGAGAGGGAGAAGGAGAGGGAGAAGGAGAGGGAGAGGGAGAGGGAGAGGGAGAAGGAGAGGGAGAAGGAGAAGGAGAGGGAGAGUGAGAGGGAGAGGGAGAGGGAAGGAGAGAGGAAGGUCGGGAGGGAAGGGGCGAGGGAGGAGCAACUACAGGGUGGGAGCGUGCGGGAGGGGGGGGAUGCGCAGGGAGAGGGAGGGGAAGGGGGGGAGGCAUGUGAGGAAGGAGGGCAGAGCGAGGAUCACAUGAAUGGGAUGAGUGGGGCUGUUGAUGCGAGCAAGCUGGAGGAGGGCGAGAUUGAGGGCGAGGUGGAGGGGGAGGAGGAGGGGGAGGUGGAGGGGGAGGAGGAGGGGAAGGUGGAGGGGGAGGAGGAGGGGGAGGUUGAGGGGGGCGCGGACGAGAAUGAGGAUGGCAGUGGGGCCAGCAAUGGGGAGGCAGCAGCUGGAUGGGAUGGCGGGUGGCGAGGCGGUGCAGUGGUGGCGCCCCUGAGUGCUGGCAGGGCUUGCAGAGCCGCCUGCAGCGCGGCUCUCAAGGCGCGCAAGAGGAAGCGGCAGAGGCAGUGGCCGAGACAGCAAAGAGAGGAAGCUGCGAGACAUGGGGGUGAGGCAGGAGGAGGGCAGCACCGCGAGGCAGGAGGGCAGCACCGCGAGGCAAAAGGGGGCGAUGUGGGGCCGGGCCAGACGCAGGGAGCAGCGGGGCCCAGCGCGCCAUCCACGGUGCCUGUGGGCGCGCCAUCCACGGUGCCUGUGGGCGCGCCAUCCACGGUGCCUGUGGACGCGCCAUCCACGGUGCCAGUGGGUGCGCCAUCCGCGGUGCCUGUGGGCGCGCCAUCCACGGUGCCUGUGGGUGGCGGCCGGGAAGUCGCCUUGCCCGUGUCCCCCUUGCCUGUGUGUCUCACGCGGCGCCAGGAGAGGCGGCACAGGAAGCGGCAGCGCAUGUUGUUUGGAGUGCCCCGCUGCGUGCCUCACUGCCCCGCUGCAUGCCCCAGUGCGUCGCUGCAUGGUCCACUGCCCCGCUGCAUGCUGCACGGAUGCCUGUGCCGGCAUGCUGCUGGCACGCUGCCACCGGCGCACGCAGCGAGCAAGGAGCAUGUGGAACAGACAGCAGUGCUCCUGGUGGGGCUGCUGUGGACUGUUGCGGAGUGGUGUAGAGUGGUGUGCGCUGGUGUUGGCUUGUGUGGGCUAUUGCUGCCUCAUUUGUGA